AUGUUACCUUCCGGCGGUCUCAUAAUCAAUACCUUUGCGCCUCAGCGUCCUCUAGGACCUCAGUCUUCGGAUACCCCAAGAUCUCCCAAGCAAAAUCCAUUCCCGGCCUGGAGUGUGAUAGAAAACUCAAAGAAAAGGGCCGAUGCUUUUGCCAAAGAAGCCUCGAGGGAGUUUGAAGUUGCCAGUCAAAAGGCUCAGUCAAAGACAGGACACAUCGAACCAUGGAGUGCAAAGUACUACGCAGCAUGCACUUUCGGUGGGCUGUUGGCUUGCGGCCUGACACACACAGCAGUGACGCCGCUAGAUUUAAUCAAAUGCCGACGUCAAGUCGACCCGAAGCUAUACAAAAGUAACAUGGAGGCGUUUUAUAAAAUCCGUCACGCAGAGGGUUUGAAAGGCGUAAUCACCGGCUGGGGUCCAACUUUCUUUGGAUACAGCGCCCAAGGCGCAUACAAGUACGGUGGCUAUGAGUUCUUCAAAAAAUUCUACAGCGAUCUUGUCGGAACGCAAAAUGCGAACCGGUGGAAGACAUCGCUGUACCUAACUGCCAGUGCAUCAGCGGAAUUCAUCGCCGACGUAGCGCUGUGUCCGUUUGAGGCUGUCAAGGUGCGCAUGCAGACGACAAUUCCACCGGAUAUCAAGACAACCUUUCGUGGGAUUUCCGAUGUCGUUUCGAAAGAGGGAGUGCCAGGAGCUGCACUGACUGGAAGUAGUCUUUACAAGGGUCUGUACCCUCUCUGGGGCCGACAAAUUCCGUACACAAUGAUGAAGUUCGCCUCAUUCGAGACGAUCGUGGACCUCAUCUAUCGAUCUCUUCCCGGGGAGAAGUCCGACUAUAACAAAGGCGCGCAGACGGGGGUGGCCUUUACCGGUGGCUAUCUGGCAGGUAUCCUGUGUGCCAUCGUGUCUCACCCUGCAGAUGUGAUGGUGAGUAAAUUGAAUGCUAACCGAAAGUCUGGCGAGGCAUUUGGAGCUGCGAUGAGUCGGAUUUAUAAAGAUAUUGGUUUCCGGGGGCUGUGGAAUGGACUUCCAGUGAGGAUUGUGAUGAUUGGGACUCUAACUGGUCUCCAGUGGAUGAUCUACGAUUCAUUCAAGAUCUUCAUGGGACUACCAACCACCGGAGGACCAAUCGAGGAGAAGAAGAAAUAG